AUGGCAGGGUGGGCAUUGAGAAACCAGAAGUUGAACUGUAAAGCUGUGGAUGGGAACGAGAUGUUGAAGGGUAUCGUCGUUUCUCAAAAGCCGGCCGGUAUGGACCUCAUGCAGAAUUGUGAUCUCCCGCCGCCGAUGAAGGUUUUCAAAGGGUCGGAUAAUACGGUCAUAUCGUCUAUGAACAGGGUGUUUAGCAUGACGGUUAAAGAAGAUGAUAACGAAGAGUUCAGCGUGUACAGAAAUGUUGGCGGGAGCGAGAAGGUGGAGCUUUUGAAGGCGUUGAGGUUGUCACAGACGAGGGCAAGAGAGGCAGAGAAGAAAACAGCGGCUCUGGUUAAGGAGAGGGAUUGUCUUGCCAAUGCUUUGCUAGAGGAAGGGACGAGGUUGUUUGCAUAUCGGCAAUGGGUGAGAGUGCUCGAGCUUCGAGUCUCCAAGUUGCAAUCGCAAUGCCAAUGCCUGCAUCAACAUAAACACCAACAGGGUUGUGUUUGCGGUUGUGGCGGAGAAAAGGGGGCGGAGGGAUUGUUUAAAGAAGGGAAAGGAAAUGAGGAUGGGGGCGGUGUAACAUGGUUUAUGGCUCUUGCAUUUUGUCUGGGCUUUUUUGGUGUAGGCUUUGCAUUUGGUUACACAUUCUUGUUUUGA